AUGUCUAAAGAGAUUAUCUAUGACGAGAAUGAAGACGGUUGGUCCUACUCAUUCCCUUCUUCGUUGGAUAAUCUUCAAGAUACGUUGAUCGAUAGCAAAGCACCAGAUGAGAUAAGUAUCCCUAGUGACACCGAGGAAGAUAAAGAAAAAAAUCAUGCAGAAGUUCCUCCAGUAGACAUCAAGGAGUCAUCAAUCUUGCUGGAGGUAACAGAUGACAGUUUUGCUAAGAAUUCUGUUAAAGUGACGAAGAGAAACGGAUCCAAUGGGCACAGACGUCUUGCAAGACUCAAUGAAAAGAAUGGAAGCUACUCGUCGUCUACUUCAAGCUUGGCGCCUUCAUUUCUGGUAAAACCUUCUCCUGCUGCGGAUCCAUUUUUAUCGAAGCCUCCAAUCCAACUUCAAAGGUACGACGACAUUGACUUCGAAGAAAGAUCAAUCAUAGAAGACGACGAGCACAGCAUCAAUAGCCCGUCUAUCAGGACAGGUACUACAUUAACUUCACCAACUACUCCCAAGUCAAGAAAUUCAAAUGGAGAACCUGAAAAAAGUGUUGCAAAAGAGCAACUAAAAUCGUUAAAUAUUGAUCAGCCGAUACCAGAAGAGUCGACUGUUGAAAAUAAUGGAAUCACUGCUACUUCACCAGAUAUGCUGAGCUAUCGUAAAUCAUCCAGAAAAAAAACCGUGACAAGCAUUUCCUCAGUUGAUGAUGUGGCACCACCAAGUCCAAAUGAUACUCGAACCUCUACCAGAGAUAGCUUUGACAGAUCUCUUUAUGCUGAUGAGUUAUAUCUUGAUACCCGAUAUCGCUAUGCAACACCUGAACGAAACACAGCAUUCCACGAUCUUUUUAAAAACAUUCCUCUUGAUGAUAGGUUUUUGGAUGAUUUCAGUUGCGCCCUAAGCAGAGAAAUAUUGGUACAGGGACGUAUUUACGUCUCUGAGAGACAUAUAUGCUUCAACGCCAACAUCUUAGGUUGGGUGACAAACCUUGAGAUCCCCCAUCAGGAUAUCGUCAGCUUCGAAAAAAGAACUACAGCUGGAAUAUUUCCCAACGGAAUAGUAAUCAACUUGAAAGAUACGAAACACUCAUUUCUUAGCUUUAUUUCAAGAGAUUCCAUUUUCAACUUUUUUGAAACAAUUUGGAGCAAAUCAGUUUCUAAGAUACAGUUGGAAAACGAAAAUUCAGACGUUAUCCCUCAUGCUCUAACUCACUAUUCUAGGGAUAUGGCAAGCGAAGAUCAGGAGAGGAUUAACAAUAUUAUUCUCUCCAUUGACACAGAUGAAGAAGCUGAGAAUCAGCAAUUACAGAAGGUCCGGGUGGUUAGAGCAAAAGAAAAAUCCGAAUACAAAUCUGAUGGUCCAGAGACGCAUGUGCCUACUUCUGCUGACAUAGAUUUGAGCAAUGAAACGGUUCUCUGCGAAGACAUUUUGAAUGCCCCUAUAGGAUUGACUUUCAACAUUCUUUUUGGAGAGAAUAUCAAGUUCCACCAGUUCUUAAUGGAUAAAUCUGAUGGGUUCGAUUUUACUUCAUACGGCGAGUUUGUAAAUAAUAAGAGAGGUUUUGAGUAUCAAAAAAGCUUAGGAUACUCUAUUGGACCCAAAUCUACCAAAUGUGUUGUGAAGGAGUCCAUUGAACAUUUUGAUUACGAUUCCUAUAUUAUGGUAUUAACGGAAACCAAAUCUCCUGAUGUACCUAGCGGAGGAUCAUUCUCUGUGAAUACCCGUUACAUUUUUACAUGGGCCAAGGGUAACAAAACAAAGUUGACCUUAUCAUAUUUCAUAAAUUGGACAGGCUCCAGUUGGAUCAAAUCAAUGAUUGAGAAGUCUACUGCACAGGGACAAAAAAGCUUUAGUGAGCUUUUAUUUAAACAAUUGAAAUUGGUCAUUGCAGAGAACACAUUGGUAGUGGCUGGUGAUGAAGAGGUGCCAGUCACCUUUUCGCAGGAACAAGUUGAAGAACCAGAGAAAGCGACUGAAAAGGUUCAGCAUUCAGAAAAAUCCGUCACGGAGACCACAGAAUCUUCGAAGUUUGACGUUUGGCAUUUGUUGGUAUUAUUGUUGAUAGUAUUACAGAUAUUAACCUACAGAGAGCUUCUGGCAACAAAGCAAGAAAUGAAAUUGUUGGCACAGUCACUCUCGACUAAAAAGUAG